AUGCUGGACAUUGAGGAUUUUAUUGAGGAGCGUGGUGGAAACCCCGAGGCCAUUCGGGACAGCCAGCGUCGCCGAAAUGCUCCUGUAGAGCUUGUUGACGAGGUUAUUGCCCUUUGGCAAGAUGCGCGCAAGACUCAGUAUGGAGUUACUCAGAUCGGAACACAAAUAAACGGCGUCCAAAAGGAGAUUGGUCUCAAGAAGAGAGCGAAGGAGGAUGCGACCGAUCUUCUCAAGCAGAAGGACGAGUUGACAGAGAAGAAGAAGGCCCAGGAGGAGCUUGCUGCGGCCAAGAACGCCGAGCUCAGGGUCAAGGCCAAGCUUGUCGGAAACUACGUCCACAAGUCUGUACACGUUAGCGAUAACGAGGAUAACAACACCAUCGAGAGAACCUGGGCCCCCGAGACUUUCGACAAGACCCAGCAGGCCACACUCUCUCACCACGAUGUGCUCCUGCGACUUGGAGGAUAUGACCCUGUUCGAGGUGUCAAGCUUGUUGGCCACCGAGGUUACUGCUUGACUGGCUACGGCAUGUUCCUGAACCUGGCCCUCAUCAACUACGCUACAACUUUCCUCUUUAACAAGGGCUACACUCCUAACCAGCCCCCUUUCAUGCUCAACCGCGACCAGAUGGCCAAGACUGCGCAGCUCUCCCAGUUCGACGAGGAGUUGUACCGCGUUUCUGAGGGUCCUACACCUUCCGAGUCGGAUCGAUACCUGAUCGCGACCAGCGAGCAGCCCCUCUCCGCCCUACACGCCGAUGAGUGGAUCCAACCCGCUGAGCUCCCCAUCAAGUACUGUGGUUACAGCACUUGCUUCCGAAAGGAAGCUGGCAGCCACGGUCGUGAUGCCUGGGGUGUAUUCCGUGUGCAUCAGUUCGAGAAGAUCGAGCAGUUCGUCCUCUGUGGCCCCGAUGACAGCUGGGACCAGUUCGACCAGAUGAUGGCCAACUCCGAGGAGUUCUACAAGUCUCUUGGCCUUCCCUACCAGGUUGUGGGUAUUGUCACCGGCGCUCUCAACAAUGCUGCUGCCAAGAAGUACGAUUUGGAAGCUUGGUUCCCCUUCCAGAAGGAAUACAAGGAGUUGGUUUCUUGCUCCAACUGCACAGACUACCAGACCAGAGAGCUCGAGAUUCGCCACGGUGCCAAGAAGGGCAAGCAGAUUGUUGGUGGCGGAAAGAAGGAGUAUGUGCAUGCUCUGAACGCUACACUCUGUGCCACUGAGCGAACACUUUGCUGUAUCCUCGAAAACUACCAAACCGAGGAGGGUCUGGUUGUGCCUGAGGUGCUCCGAAGAUACAUCCCUGGCGAGCCUGAAUUCUUGCCCUUCGUCAAGGAGGCCCCCAAGGAGGCGGAGAAGGUUGAGAAGAAGGAUGCUGGCAAGAAGGAGAAGACAUUGCCCGUGCGCGAGACCAAGGCAUAA